GUGUAGUUUAAGGUAUGUUUCUUGAGCAUAACAAUAACUUUCUAGUAGAUACUCUUAACUCUCAAUCAUGUAAUUUAACUUUUACAAAUGUCGUAUUCACAAUCAUAUUAAGAACCGCAUUCGACUAUGUCCAAGCAGGCUCCAUAGUAGCUUAUACAAAGAACAAAUAUGGCCCAGGUCACUACAUGGAAGAGCCAACACAUUACUGUUGCGAUCUCAAAUGGUGUUUUUGUGGUCUACGACAAAGGAAAUGGUGACUGCAUGAGAGGUAUUUGUGGAGGUCAUGCUAUAGAUCCGGGAUACUUUGUUGAAUGUUGCGAUAGUCACUUCAACGUAGGCAAAAAAGAAACUAGACCUUUCCCAUAAACUUGAAUUAUAGUCAAUAUAUGCUUAGGGUUUUAUUUUUCAUCGACUGCUCGCUACUCCUUUGAACACACCACUGGAUCAAUUUCAACUGCAUGUACCAAGCUAAAAGUUCCAUUGAAAUAUUAGCCGAACUUAAAAAACCCACAUAUUGUGAACUACCAGUGUGCUUUCCAAUCAAACAAAAGAGCAAGUAUAUCGCGAAUAAUAUAUAUUAAGACAUUGGAUAGAUUGUAUGUAUAUAUUAUACGCCUUUUCAACAGACAAUUGAAGACUUAGAUUUCUAUUAUUGCUUAGUCUUGUUAUCGAAAUCAUUUUCGCAUUUGUCUCAUAACUUCGUACCUUAGCUAGUAAUAUCAAGGGUAAACUAUGUUGAUACUACUAGAGCAAACUACUGAAACUAUUAUUGUUAUA